AUGCCCCCCAAGAAACCCACCACCCCCAACGACACCACCGCCACUACCAGCAGCGGCGGGGGCGGGCCCGGCCUGAACGGCAAGACCGUGACGGAGAGCGAGCUCAAGUUCGUCAACGCCGUCCUGUCCAACUUCAUCGCCAAGCCCGACGUGGACUGGGCCGCCGUCGCCGCCGCCCUGGCCCUCAAGGACGUGAAGUGCACCAAGGAGCGCUGGCGCCAGAUCAAGAACAAGUUCGGCUGGAAGGAGGAGAACAACAACAACAACGACGACGGCGGCGGCACGGGCGGAGUCGUUGGGUCUUCCCCUUCCCCGGCAAAGGUCACUAAGCGCACUCCCAAACGGACCCCGAGGGGUAGGAAGGUUGUUACGCCUGUUGUUGGUGGUGCGAGCAAGGCUGGUGGUGCUGCCAAGGAGGGGGGAGCUGGCCUCGAGAAGGAGGGGGAUGCUGACGCCGGUGCCGAGGUCGGGGUCGGGCUCGUCGGCGAGAGUCCCACGCCCCGCCAGCGCAAGAAGCUUCCCAACCACAGGCCCCGCAAGGAAAUCAUCAAGCCUGAGCCGGAGGACACGGAUGAGGAGAUUGGCCACCAGGACAAGGGGGACGCCGGCGUCGUCUGA